GAUACGCGCAACGGUGACGAGACCUGUCGGUGUUUAAAAAAACGAAGUAGAGAAACGUGUACUUCUAUUUGAGACCAUGGACAAAACAGCCGGUAAAUUACAACUAUUUUCGCCACAUUUAACGUGAUUCCGCUGUUUUUUUCCCGUUUUAAUCUGCUGCGCAAGGUAUCUGGUGGGCUGGAAGGAAUUAUGGAGCGCGGAUCCCGAACCCCGGAGCUCAACGAGCCACAACCGCCCUCCAAAUCCAACCAGGAACCCAUACGAUUCGGGAUCGACCAGAUUCUUGGCUCUGCAGACCCAGAGAGCCGCCGUACGCACGGCGGCAACACUAUGGAUAACGGCGGUACGGAUAACACUCGCUUGGGAAGCCCAAACAAGACGAGCGUUGCGCCUCACGCCGCUCCGCCCGUCUCUCUCUCCGGGAUCACGGGUUUACUGGAGGACUCAGGGCUGGUGUACGGUGUGAGCAGCAAUCUGGUGCCCCAUGGGGUGAUUCGGGUUCCGGCGCACAGACCUCUAGCCGCCGCGAUGCCGCCGACAAUGGUGAGCGCAGUACCGGCGCUGGGCAGCCUGUGUUUCCCGUGGAUGGACAAUAAUCGUCGGUUCUCCAAAGACAGACUGCCAGCUCUUAUUCCGUUCACCGUGACCCGGCGGAUCGGCCACCCGUAUCAGAACCGAACUCCUCCCAAACGGAAAAAGCCCCGCACGUCGUUCUCCCGCGUUCAGAUCUGCGAGCUGGAGAAACGCUUUCACCGGCAGAAAUAUCUCGCCAGUGCGGAGCGCGCCACGCUCGCCAAGAGCCUGAAAAUGACGGACGCGCAGGUCAAAACCUGGUUCCAGAACCGCCGAACCAAGUGGAGGAGGCAAACCGCUGAGGAAAGAGAGGCAGGACGACAGCAAGCCAAUCGGAUGCUGCUGCAGCUUCAGACCGACGCCCUCCAGAAGUCCAUGAGAGAAUCAGUGUCCUCCGAUCCUCCUUGUGUGCAUAACUCCUCCCUCUACGGCCUCCAAAACAUCCAGCCAUGGGCCCAAGAGAGACCUGGUAAACUGGCCCCAACAACAACAACAACAACAACAACAAACCUGGCUUAAAUUAACUCAUUAAAUAAUGCUGGAUUCAGGACAGUGCAAGUCUGACUUUGAAUCGGCUCAAACUGGUUUCUGAUUAAUCUUGGGACUUUUUCCAGCAAACGCCGAAUUUAAAGAACAAAUUUAGACCAUGACACGCACACUACCGGUCACAAUGUUGGAGACGCUUUCAUUAAUUUAUGUUUCUCAUGUUAUUAUAAAACAUUGGAUAUAAAGCCUUCAAUCCAUAUUUAAAUUUUGUCAAUUACAAUAAAAAUAAUUUCGACUUGUCUCUUUACAAAAAAAGGUCAAAUAUGCAGUGCAGCACUUACAAUGGAGGUCAAUGGGGCCAAUCUAUAAACAUUGAAAUCCACGUAAACAAGGUGUGUUAACAUGAUUUUAGUGAUAAAAUCGCUGCGUAACAUUUUCUGUGUAAAGUAAUAACAAUUUUACAAAUGUGCUGCCAUGAUGACAUAAUGCUGUAAACCCCAAAUCCUAAAAAAACCUAAAAACAACUUUACAGCUCAAAUAAUAACAGAAGAAUCAAUGUGUUUUUGAUCAAAUUACAAGCUUAACAUUUCUGAUUUUAACCCUCCAAAAAUGGGCCCCAUUCACUUCCAUUGUGUCUCAAUGCAACCUCGACUUUUGCUUUUUUUCAUUCUCGCUUAUUUUAUUUUAUAUUUAUUAUGGGUAAAUCAACAUUAUGCUACAAUUGCUGUUGAAUGAGCUUCACUUCUAUUGAACCCGGAAUAUUCCUUUAAACACUUGUACAAAAUAUAUGAAUUUCAACAAGUCCAGCAUACAUCACUACAAAAAUUUGCUUCCUCCUUUAGUGUUUCAUAGUGUCAAAUACACUUCACGUGUGGGGGAGCUGUGGCUCAGGUGGUAGAGCGGUUCGGCUGCCAAUCGCAGGGUUGGCGGUUCGAUUCUCAGCCCACACGACUCCACAUGCCGAAGUGUCCUUGGGCAAGA